AUGCGGCGUUCGCGUCCACUGCAGGACCACCCUGAGUUUAGCCUCAUAGACUGCCCGUCAUGGCGUGAAUAUAGGGUGGAGAGCGUUCCGGUCUCUCAACAUGGCACGAGCAGAUUGAGAACGCUGUUGAGAUGGUACUGGGUUGACGCACUGGUAGUUCCCGCAGUGGCCUAUGCCUGGCCCGAGGUAACAAGUCGGCCUGUCUCUCUUGCUGUGAUGUUUGCGGCAUUGCUCUGCUACACGUACAUGAGAUGCAACCAAGUUCUCUGGGAAUCCGUAAUUGUGCUGCCAUCUUUAGGACUGCAAUUUGAAACACAUCGAGGGCUACCACAGAUGCCCUUGUUCAUUUCGCGCCGAUUCAUGCCUUUCUUUACGCUCCAGGACUUCAUCAUCAACGAAGGUCUGCAUGGUUGGGACGUUCGCUAUUACCUCGCUGCCAUUCAACGUUCUCAGCAUGGAGCAAUCACCCUCGAGAUUGCAUUCGAGAAUCUCUUGCCUCGUUUCCCAGUUCUGCUAGAAGUGUACCAUGGAGUUCACGAAAUGGUAUUUACUAAUAGUCGGGGCACCGAUGGUAUGAACAGUAAUAAAUCGUGA